AAUUUACAAAUUCCUCCCUCAAAACAAUCGGUCCCAAUUCCCAACCACCAUACAAUUAUCAUCUCCUUCCCUCCGGUCUAAUGGGCAUGGCCACAACAUCAUCCCUUCCCGCCAUUUCCAACAUCUUCACCCCUUUCAGUCCCCCCAAAACCUACCGAACCCUAACCACCCGCUCCUCACUCACAUCACAAUCUCUCACCUCCGCCAAAUCCCACCUCCUUCAUCUAAUAUCCGACCAAAACAGAGGCAUCGCCACCCAAUCCGAUCCCCAAAAGCUGGCGCAGAUCACUGACGCCAUCGACUCUAUCGCCUUAAUCAACCCUGACCAGAUCACCACCAACAACUCACUCUCUGGUACCUGGCGCUUGCUUUGGACCACCGAGAAAGAACAGCUGUUUAUUAUCAAGAACGCGGGCUUUUUCGGGACGAAAGCCGGAGACGUUUUGCAAGUGAUCGAUGUGGAGAAACGCAAGCUCAACAAUGUCAUUACUUUCCCUCCCGAUGGUGUCUUCUUUGUUCGAUCCGAUAUGGAAAUUGCUUCAUCUCAGCGUGUCAAUUUUAGGUUUACAAGCGCGGUUUUACGUGGGAAAGAGUGGGAGUUUCCACUGCCACCAUUUGGUCAAGGAUGGUUUGAUUCGGUCUACUUGGAUGAUGAUAUUCGAGUUGCUAAAGAUAUACGCGGAGACUACUUGGUUGUUGAUCGUGCUCCAUACCAAUGGAAAGAAUGAGAGGUAUUCCUAACCAAGUUUCACGGGAUACAUGACAGAACGGCCUUAUAUUUAACAUGGACGUGGACCCUCAUAUGUGAAAAAAGAUGUAAAUGCCCUAAUCCUCAACCUUAUUGUGUUUUUAAAUGUUUUUCUUUCUUCUUUUUUCUCUUGCAUUCGGGUGGACUAUUUUGGGCUUUUCCUUU